CGCCGGAUGUUUCUGUGUGAUACAUUGAGAGUAGGCAGUUCCUGAUCGCAGAUGUCCAAUCUAGGCAUCUCGCCUAAACACUACAUAGCACUCUGUCGUAAGUCGCGCCUAGCCCCAGGCCGAGUGGCCUAACAAACAGACUUGUCUCUCUUCGUUCCAUCCAAGAAACUGUCUCCAUGUUUUGGAGGUUCGGGUUCCACAAUGUGUCGGCUAUCGACAGCCUACUAGACAAGGAGGACGUCUCACUUGAGGCGAUUUUGGACGAGGACGAUCUACUACAGGAAUGCAAGGCUCAGAACACGAGGCUUAUCGACUACUUUCAGCGUACAGAUGUUCUCAAGCGUCUGUUGGGUUAUGUCACUGGACAGAUUGAGGGUCAUGAAGAGAGGGGACGCUUCAAAUAUCCUUACGUUGCCACGGAAGUGCUCUGUAGUGAAAUUUGGUCCGUCGUUGAGACUUGUGUUAAUAAUGCCGACGAGCUGCUGGCACCCUUCUGGGAGAUUGUCCUCGACAAGUCACCAGAAGACAUGAAGACUGAAAUGGUCAUGGCGUCCCACUUCGCCAAGGUAAACUCUGUCUUCCUCACAAAAAAGCCCGCAGAUAUGCUUGCCUUCAUCCAAUCUCAACCGAAUAUUGUGGAGCGCUUACUUCACCAUGUCGAGGCACCUUCCAUAGUCGACUUGCUAGUUCGCAUCGUCCAAUUAGACGAGCAACCUGGAGGAUCUGGUGUUCUAGAAUGGUUGUCCAGCGAACAGCUCAUGGGCCGCCUAAUUGACCUCCUCUCACCUGCUCAUAGCAGCGAUGUUCAUGCGGUAGUCUCAGAACUCAUCAAAGGUAUCAUCUCUAUGGCUGCACCUUCCCCGGGUGCUGGUUUAACCGACGGACUUCAAAAUCUUCCCGCUUCAAAUCGCUUCGCUCGUGAGCUCGCUCGAAGGGAAAGUAUAGAUACGUUAGUCGGCUAUAUUCUUUACGAAUACAACGACCAAUCGCCUACCGAACGAUACGCCGGCGACGGGCAACAUAGUGAUCAUGGCAACACCCUUGGCCACGACCUCCCAGACAUCCAUUCUGCUACUUCAUCCGUCGUCCACUCGAUAUCUAUAGUAAUCGAGCUCAUCCGGAAAAAUAAUUCAGACUAUUUCGAACCAUACCUCUUCCACACUCUACGGAAUCGAUUGAUACAAACUUUGGAGAACGCAAUGAACGAGAUGGUUGACCGUAUGGGUGUUGUUCAUUUGGGUCCACUAUUGGAUGUCAUGUCAGAACGGCUGCCUGACUUUCAACGGUAUUUGCGGCAACCACGCUCCUCACAAGGCCCAGUGCCCACGACAGUGGGUCUCAUCCAGCCGCUGACGUUCGAACGGUAUCGUAUUUGCGAGCUUUACGCAGAACUUUUGCACUGUUCGAAUAUGUCUCUCCUGAACCGCUCAUCAGAGCACGACUACCUGUAUGACAACCAAGGUCGAUUGCAAGGCGGUUUGUCGUCGUUGGAACAGCUAGCACGCGUAAUUGCCAUCGGAUCUGGCGAUGAGGCGGAGCAGGAGAAUGAGGGCCCUCAAGAUGAGGUUGAACCUGCGCUGGAGUUGCCCAUCCAUAAUCCACGCGGCUCGUCGAUGCUAGACUCAGAUGACGACAUGAGCGACGAACCGGGCAGUUCUGACGACGACGCCAUGGAAGAAAUCGUGAUGGACGACAUAGCGACGAAAGACACGCAGGCGGAGACUACUGAAGCACCCAUAGAGUCUCCAUCAAUGCUGUCCUCUUCUCCAAUUACGACCUCGUCAACAUCUCCCGAUCAAGGUGUACUUCGGCGGAGCCCAAUUAGCGAAGGUUCUAUCUCGAAUAGCCCGGUGUCGAAAGCUUAUUCCAACAAUUCUCGUCGAAGUUCGAGGCGGAUGACGAGGGAUCUUGUCUCGGAAGUACCCGCAGGAGAGAGGAUGAAACAGGUUUUCCUCCAGGAGUCCGUGCUCUCAGUACUACUGGACCUGUUCUUUGAGUUUCCGUGGAACAACUUUCUGCACAGCGUGGUCUACGAUUUCAUCCACCAGAUACUUACCGGCAGAGUGGAUGGUGGCUUGAAUCGAGAAUUGACCAUAGCGCUCUUCCGAGAUGCUCGACUGAUGCAUCGCAUAGUUGAGGGGCAGAAGAAAAAUGAUGCGGAAAGCGUCAAACCCAAAGGUGUACGUUUGGGGUACAUGGGCCACCUUACUCUCAUGUCAGAAGACGUUAUCACUGCACUAGAGCAUUAUCCCCUGGAGCUGCGGCUGAUGAUAGAGCGGCACGCGCCGCACCCCGAUUGGUCUGAAUACGUGACAGGCAGAUACAAUGAAACGAAGAAACGAGAUACAAGCUUGCUUGGGGGUGGCAAACCUAAUGUCAAUGCUCCCCGACCCGGCACGCGAUGGGCCGUCGACGAAGAAGAUACUAAGUCUAUGUCGACUGCCGGUCCAACGACGAACGGAAACUCAAUGUUAAAGGGUGAAUUUAGGCGAGCUGCCGCUGCAAAGCCCAGUCGGGAGACGAGUGCCGAUUUCGGUCCAGCGCCAAUAGACGAAGACGAGGACGACCACGGGACAGGACCGCCACAGUUCGCGCGGUAUCUGGCACAAGAGAUGCACUCAGAAUUUUUCUCUUCUGAUGCAGACGACGAUGAAGACGAAGAAGAUGGCGGCUGGUUGGCACAUUCUACAUUUGACUUGGGAAAACCACCCCCAGCUCGCCGUCAUCAAAACAACGCACAAAUAUCAGCAUCUAGCGGCUUUGAUGACGCCUUUUGUGCAUCCUCCUCUGCGCCUCUCAGAGAAGCGCUCACCGAUGAUCCUUUCGGAGCCCAUUAUGAUGAGGACGACGCUUUUGGUCCCUUCUCUGAUGCGGCUGGAACCCCGACAUCAGAGCCUAUCCAGUUUUCGACGUCGUUUUCGUCGCUUGUGAGAGAUGGCGACCUUACUCCAACUGCCGGGAGCUGGACAUUUGCUAGCGGUUCAGAAACCGAGGGCGAUUCUGAGGGAGAUGAGUUUGGCAACAUGACUGGCGGCGUUUCGGAAAAUGCCUUGCAGACGAUAUCACUGGAAGAGGUGAACGAACGGAUCGAUGAUGUACGGAACAGUGGUUGGGAUAGCUAAUUGGCGAGGUUAGUGUAGUUAGGAUGCGUGGCGUUUCACUGUCGCUGCAGGUAUUUAUACUGGGCGGAGGAUAAUGUUCUUAAUUGUAGUGCCGAUGA